AUGGCGGCGGAGCCUCCAGGCAGCGGGGCGUGCUGGGAUGGCGUGGUGCGUCUCAUCGUCGUCGGCGACGCCGGCUCCGGGAAGAGCGCGGUCAUCGAGAGCUUCAGCGCCCACCUGCGGGGCGAGCCGCCGCCGCCGCGCCGGGCGAGCCUCGAGGCCGCGCGGCCGGUGGAGGGUCGCGACGCCUUUGCGCCCUGCGCGCCCGGCGACGUGGGCUUCGACGCUCUCGGGCGUCGCGUCUGCCUCCUCGAGAUCCCCGGCGCGCUCGCGGCGCCGGCCGGCGGCGACGCGUUCCUCGCCCUGACGGAGAUGCCGCGCGACCAGGGCAGGACAAGGGUGAUUCAACGUCGCUUCAAC